AGAGUUACUCUCUGUGCCUGAAGACUUGCAGAAAGUCCAGUGGCCUGAAAUGAGAAAUCAGGAACAGAAUGAAAGAAAGGUCCAGUGCUAAAAUACAGCACUGGGUACUGGACUUGGGAGGGCCAAGCUGUGGUUCUGCCAUUGACCCUGUGUAAGUCUUCUUAUCAGGCCACCAUCUUUCCAUUCUAAUGUGGAAAAUGGGGGUUCGUCCAUAUGGCAAUUGGACCCAACCCACAGGGAGCUGUGUUGCCUCCCUGGGGUCCGGGUAAGGGGCAUCAAAAAGAAAUAUAUGCUUUCAACUUGUACAGCCCACUGAUUAUUACCUUCUACUGGUGUUCCAGGUAAGCAGCAACAACGUCCCAACAAGAAAUGCUGUGUGUGUGAUGAUAACUUUAGGGCACAGGUAUUUCAUGAGACAUAAGCCUUUUACUCUGCCCCAUAUUUGUUUUUUUCAGUCAGCAAGGAUACCCCUUCUCUACACCUUGUUGAAUUCUGUUUCCCAUGGAGCUCCAGCCCACAGGUCAUAGAGGCAGGGACCUUGUUCCCUAGCAACCAUCUCUGCUCUUCAGCCUUCAUCCCAUCUCCAUACCUGGACUUCAGCAGGACGUGUCUGCUCGUAUGACUCACCAGUCUCCAUACCAGGGAUCAUGGACCAGAAAAGUCAAGCUCAAGGCAAUGCAGCAUUAGAAAUAGAACAGAAAGGACUCAGUGACUGUGCUGAACUGGCAAAAAACUCCAUGACUUGGGCAUCCCUUUCAGAUUACCAGCAGCUGAGUUUCAACUUGAACGCAAAUCUUUACCAAGGUUUGCCACUGAAGUGCCAAAGCUUGACACAAGAUUCCUACACCCUUGAUGUAAUUCAGAAGUCGACCAUAGAUCCCAGGCAUUGGCAUGGAAGGAGGAUUAGUGAGCUAGGGAGAUGGUAUGAGAAAUAUUUCCUAGACCUUAACACGCUGAGAGCAAUGAAGGAGAAAUAUGGGAGGGAAUAAAAAAGACAACCCCUAGAAGAUGGAGGUUGAAGAUUGGAAAGCAUUCAGCAACAAGUCUUUUUCCUCCGCCACCCAAUAAACCUGCCURUGAAACCUGAACUCAUUGCUUGCUAGCUGGCAACAACAGAUUGGUUCCUGGUGCUUUCUCCCCUCUCUUUUAAAGCAUCUCUAGGGAGAGCAGUGCAAGAUAAGUCUGAAUAUGAAUGCAAAAAAAGAAUGAAAUCACUUUGUUGGUCACUAGUACAGUGGGAAUUAUUAGUGUGUGAGCCACAUACCCUUGCAGAAGGAUGUGGUGGUGAGACAACCCCACACAGAAAUUCAUCUGCUCAGCACRUAAGUUGGAGCAGGAUCUGUGAGUGGUAUAAGAGGGCAUGGUGGAAGAGGGCGUGUGUGUGUGUGUGUGAGCAAAAUCAUGUUUUCCAGAAAAUUCAUAAUACUUUGACUGCUGCCCCAGCACUCCAGAGAGUACAGAAGAUGCACUGGCAACCAACUAAGGUUAUCCCAGCAGCAGAAAUGUGCUUAAGCAAAUGGAAAUUCACCUGAGAAGAAGAGGCAUCAGGCUGUUCACAAAAGCUCACACUAUUUGCAGGCCAAGCCAAUGGGAAA